AUGGGUCCCGAGGCCGCGUCCCCGUGGCGGGACCGCCUGGCGCGCCUGCAGGCGAGGACCUGGAUCGAGCCGGUGGUGGCGUCCACGCAGGUGGCCGCGUCGCUCCACGAAGCGGGGCUGCUCCUGGUGGUGAAGGCGUCCUUCGGGGCCCCCGCCGCGGCCAACCACAGCGCGCCCAGCCCGUCGCCCCGCGGGGCCCUGGAGGACCGCCAGCAGAAGGCCAUCUCCAACUUCUACAUCGUCUACAACCUGGUGGUGGGCCUGACCCCGCUGCUGUCCGCCUACGGGCUGGGCUGGCUCAGCGACCGCUACCACCGCAAGGUGUCCAUCUGCGUGGCCCUGCUGGGCUUCCUGCUCUCGCGCCUCGGGCUGCUGCUCAAGGUGCUGCUGGACUGGCCCGUGCAGGUGCUGUUCGGCGCCGCGGCCCUCAACGGGCUGUGCGGCGGCUUCUCGGCCUACUGGUCCGGGGUCAUGGCCCUGGGCUCGCUGGGCUCCUCCGAGGGCGGCCGCUCCGUGCGCCUCAUCCUCAUCGACCUCAUCCUGGGCCUGGCGGGGUUCUGCGGGAGCAUCGCUUCCGGGCACCUCUUCAAGCAGAUGCCCGGCCACUCGGGCCAGGGCCUGGUGCUGACGGCCUGUAGUGUCAGCUGCGCCUUUUUCGCCCUUUUCUACAGCCUCUUCGUGCUGAAGGUGCCCGACUCAGUGGCCAGGCCCAGCAAGACCCUGGCGGCCGUGGACACUUUGUCCGGCGUGGUCGGCACCUACCGGACCCUAGAUCCCGACCAGCCGGACAAGAGCAGUGUGGAGGGUCCGCUGCCCUCUCCCGAGAAAGCCCAGCCCAAAAAAACCAUCAUUGCGCUGCUGUUUGUGGGGGCCAUCAUCUAUGACCUGGCGGUGGUGGGCACCGUGGACAUCAUGCCCCUGUUUGUGCUGAGGGCCCCUCUCAGCUGGAACCAGGUCCAGGUGGGCUACGGCAUGGCUGCGGGCUACACCAUCUUCAUCACCAGCUUCCUGGGCGUGCUGGUCUUCUCCCGCUGUUUCCGGGACACCACCAUGAUCAUCAUUGGCAUGGUCUCCUUCGGGUCCGGGGCCCUGCUCUUGGCCUUCGUGAAAGAGACGUACAUGUUUUAUAUUGCUCGGGCCGUCAUGCUGUUUGCGCUCAUCCCCAUCACAACCAUCCGAUCGGCCAUGUCCAAACUCAUCAAGGGCUCCUCCUACGGAAAGGUGUUUGUCAUCCUGCAGCUGUCCCUGGCUCUAACCGGGGUGGUGACAUCCACGGUGUACAACGAGAUCUAUCAGCUCACCCUGGAGAAGUUCGUGGGCACCUGCUUUGCGCUCUCCUCCUCCCUCUCCUUCCUGGCCAUCAUCCCGAUCGGCCUGGUGGCCUAUAAACAAGCAUCGUGGUUGCAGUUCGGAAAUGUUGCAGAGAAAUGAAGGUGCUGAUGUGAAGGAGUGGAAAACACCACCAAAGCCCAGGCUCCCUUGAAGACAAC